AUGGUGGGAACAAGGCCUACAACCUGUAGUUAUGACGCCAUACCGUGGCUUCUUUGCCUAAACAUAGAAGGCGAGGCUGUUGGCUUGAUGAUGUCAGGGCAGCCAAAAAGCAGUCUCAACUUCCUCCUUCCCCCGUACUAUCCUCAGAUGGUCAUAGAGACCCUAGCUGCCGGGAGAACCAUUCCUCGAGGCACCAUCCAGGUGAAAUGGACUCUACAAGCACUCCACGAGAGCAAGCGAUACGGCCUGCCGGCUGAGUGGGACAAUAAAAUGCGGGGCCAAGAGAAGGCCAACGCCAUUGUCGCAGAGGCAGUACUUGAGGGAAGCCCUGCGCACGGCAAGAUCGAAGCGGGCGAUAUACUUCUGGAGGUGGAUCAAAAGCUGCAAGUCAAUCUGUGGAGGCUGAGCAUGUACGAGGACAAUCAUAUCGAUCGGAAAGUCAACGAGAUCUUCCACGGUAUUGUGUCUUUGCAUUUAUUCCACUCUGCGGACGUUGACGGGUGCGGCACCGGGCAGUUCAUCAGGACCGGCUUGCUCCUCGAGCAUGGCCUUGUUGUCACACGUCGCGGAAAUUCGUCAUGGGUCGACCAAGUCAAAAUCACGCUCUCAGCAGGAACAGAAGUACGGGCGCACAUCAUAUUCAUGCACGAGGCGGUCGACUUCACCUUCAUCAAGUACAACACUGCUGAUGUUCCACAGGGCCUAGACCUCAAACCGGCUUCCCUGUCGGAAAGACGCCUUAAAGAAGGCGAUGGGGAUUACUUGGCAAGCUUCGAUAAUGCCGAGAAGAAGGUUGACCUAUGUUGA